ACUUGGACAGAGUAAGCACUUGAUUGAAGCCCGUGGGUGACGUCGUUCUUUGUGGCAAUUCAGAUCUACUCACGAUAUUCGAUCAACUCGCGAUAUCCGAUCAGCUUGUAGGCAUGAAGGGGAGUGGGGGGUGGCUCACAACUUGGAAACGUUGAAACGUCAUAACGAAGAUGAUGCCAUGGACCGCGAUGGAAGGGAUGUGGAAAAGGUAUACAAGAAGCUUGUGAGCCGAGCAAUUUGAAUUUCAAAAUCAUCAACCAUUAUAUCACAAGAAACCAACCAAGACAACCAAGUCUCCUUCAGAUUAUCAAUUUUAAACUUCUUAAGAUCCCAAUCCACCACAAAGCUUCAAUAAAAUGUCAUCGCCAAGAGCUCCUCCAGUUAUCGACUUUAGCGACUUCCUAUCAGGAGACGAUGAGCGGAUGCAACGAUGUGCCUCCCAGAUCCGUGACGCUUGUUUGACACAAGGCUUUUUCCAGAUCAUCAAUCAUACCAUCCCCCUCUCUCUUCAACGCGAGAUACUUGAGCUGUCGAAACAAUUUUUCGAACUGCCUCUAGAGGAAAAGUUAAAGUUAGACAAGUCCCAGAAUGAGUACAACCGCGGAUACCAGAGGAUGGCCUCCCAGAUGAUUGAAGCCAACACUGCUCCUGACCUGAAAGAGGGCUAUUACCUUGGUCGCGACCUCCCUCUUGAUCACCCACAGGUUGCUGGCGGCAAGUUCGCCCAUGGUCCUAACCUUUGGCCUGAAAGCUUGGGAGACCCAUUCAGGGAGACCUGCAUGCUUUAUUUAAAGCACAUCAUGGAACUCGGAGAGCAUAUCAUGCGAGCUCUUGCCGUGUCUUUGGGAUACAAGAAGAACUUCUUCGACGAGUUCUCCAAGGAUCCAAUGUGCUUCUUCAAGAUGUUGCAUUAUCCUCCUCAGCCAACAGACUCACACGCGCUCCAAAGAGGUCUUGGUGCACAUCGUGAUUUCGGUGCCCUGACUCUUUUGCUCCAAGGUGAUGUCCCUGGCCUCGAGGUCUGGGAUGACGAGUCAAAGCAAUGGGCUGCUGUUCCACCCGUAGAAGGUGCCUAUGUGAUCAACUUGGGUAAUAUGUUCCAACAGUGGACUAACGACGAAUAUCGAUCCGUCGUCCAUCGUGUAGUCAACUACUCUGGGGUUGAACGCUACUCCAUUCCCGCCAACUUCAAUGGAAACCCCGACUUCAUCAUCAAAUGCAUCGAGAAUUGCCGUGAGAAUGAAGAGGAGGAGAAGUAUGCCGCAGUUACUGUGGAGGACUACAUUCGGCCUCAAUAUGCUGACACCUAUGGACGUGCUGGCAUUUACGAAAUCACGCCAAAGGUUGCGAGUGUGGGUGGCAACUAGGAUUGAAGCUUGGAGAUCAAUCGUUUCGAGGCUUUUCUUUUUCUUUUUCUGCUUGAAUGGCAUGAAUCGUACAUUUUUUGUACGUGACGACUUUAUGACGAACAUCUCGACAUUUCAUCAAGCGGGUUGAUCGUACAGGAAUUUCCCAUGCAAACUACCUUCUUGCUGACAUCAACUGUUUCUGUUUAUUUGUUUUGCUUUCAUGUAUACGAGUUUAAUACGAUCUUUAGCUAACAGCGGCGUACUCCAUUUCUUUAUAACAACAAUUUCUCAUUUCCUGCAAGUAAAUUUGGAAGUAGUCUUGGUUCCGAAGACGUAAUAUUGUCCGACACGUGUUCCCAGUUCAUUGGAAAGGACAAAAUAGCGAAAAAGAAACUAACUAGUCGAGCUGCUGCAAAUCUACAAGUAAUUGGAGGUGGUUCUUCCAUUGUCAGCAAGACCACUGGGGCCCUGCCUUCGAUACCUGAAAAGUUGAAAGCCAAUAGGUGGCCACUGUAGUCCGAGUGAAGAAGUAAGACGAACUUUGAUCACAGUGUAAAAAUGCGAUUUCGGGGAGCUCGAAGGUAGAAAAGCACAGAAUGCUAGAGAUGAGGACAGUGGGAAGGAACGUAAACGAGCGAUGAGGUGGCUCAUAUGCAUGAAGCGCAACAUUGCAAUCGAGGACCAGUAGAGGAGUAGAUGCGAGAACUCUCCAUUGGCUCCUUUCGGCCAGGUGGACGCACCUUGAAAAUAGACGACCACUGAUAGGUACUGAAUGGUUAAGAUACCCUGCGUAGUUCUUCC